UUUGACGAAGCUGACCGUUAUUUUUUUAGUAGAAGUUACCUAGUCAGCUAACCAUUUUGUUAUACAACGUUGAACACCAUGGUUGUCGUUGACUGUAACAUAGUAUGGUGGUUUUAGAUCUGUUAAAGAGCAAACCGUGUAAACUGGUUAUUUACUAGAUGUAGCUAGCUUGCUAACGGUUAGCUAGUUGUUGACGUUAACGUUAGCUAGCUAGCCACCCUUGCUAGCUACAGUUACACAGGCCAUAUGAGAUGGGCACUAUUGAAUAUCCCAAACCUAACUUUUGUGACUGUUGUCAUCAUUUAGUAACCUAUGUUACAUCCGUUAUAAGGCCUUUGUACAUAAGAUAGGGCUGCUGCUAGCAAACGUAGCUAUCCAGCUAGCCAAGUAAUGUUAGCUAUUGAGUACGUCGCUUCCUUUACUAACGUAACUUGCUAGCUGUCUAAACAGCAUGGUAGUAGUGAAGCAGCAGAUCACAUCAGUUGCCAAACGGUGAUCUUAAGUUCGCCGCAAGUUAACAGGAGCAAGCUACAUUUCUGUGUAGUGAAAGUAGGACACUUGACUAACAUACUAAGAUGUCGAUGAUGUACGUUGUCAUGGGCACAGUGUUUCAUGAAAUCUUGUUUGAGAAACACCAGGGACGAUUUGGGUCCUUGGAAACAAGGAAACAUUAACCUAGCCAUCGACUAUAACUAACGUUAGUUCGAUACAGUUGCCAAUGUAGAAAGGUUACCGUUAUGUGUAUUCGCAACUUGAAGUUGGCUAGGAGAUACACAAACACAUCUAGAUGCCGUUUCUGUGACUUCAUCAUGAAGCCUUUCAGCAGAGCAGAUGUGAGGCACCUUUAGCACUGCAUGGAGGUGAGCGGCGGCCUCCCCAGCAGUCUGCCUUCAUUAUGGGGCCUGAGGUUCCCCUGCUCAACGACUACAAGCAGGAGUUCUUCUGGAAGCGCUUUCCACAGACACUGCUGGGGGGUCCACGCCUCAAGCUGGGCUACUGUGCCCCCCCAUAUGUCUACCUGCACCAGCUGCUCUUGUUCCUCACGCCCUGCAUGCUUGGCGGAGUGGGUACCGUGCUGUAUCAGGUAGGCCUGCUGGGCGAUGCCUAUGCUGCCACUCUCUCGGGGGGACUCAUGCUGGCUGUGGCCGCCAUACUGCAGACCCUGGCACAGUGUGUGGCACGGAGGUCAGGGGUUGUCCAGCGUCUGUCGGCACAGAACAACAUCCUGGCAGAUGAAGAGGAGGUGGAGUUCUCACACUGCGUGGCACCGGAGACUGUGCGCUUCAUUGUGCCAGGGAAGAAGUUCAUGGUGAACGUAGUCUUGCACACGCUGUUGGCUGGCAUGCUGUGCGGUUUGGGAACCUGGUACCUGCUGCCCGGCAGCUUGAGCGCCCUGUAUGGGGGCAUGGGUGCAGCGAUGCCAGUCUUCGCUCUCAGCUGGGUGACGCUGUGCAGUGGGGAGUACGCUCUGAUCGUGAACACGCCCCCAGAGACGGCCACGUUCCAGCCCCAGGACACGUAUGAGAUCACAGCACUCACCAGACCUUUAUACAUCCUCAUCUUCAUCGCUGUUGACCUGAUCUACAGAUUGACUGACCCUAUGAAUGAAUUGCGGCUGGCAUGUCAAGUGCUACAUGUGGUGUUUGUGGUGCUGCCCGUACUGUGGGCACUGGGCACACUGCCCCCUCCGGAUGCCCUGCUGCUGUGGGCCAUGGAGCAGAUUCUGGUGCUGGGCCUCGGCGGCUCUCCCAUGGCCACAAACCUCAGGCUUCUGGUGAUGUUCCUAAUCUCAGCCGGUGUGGCUGUGAGCACCUUCUUCAUCCCCUCCACUCUGGGUGUGGUCCUCUUCACCGUCGGCAUGGGGUACCUGCUUAGCCAGGAUGGGAGCCAGUUGGGGGCGGUGUUCGGGCACAGGCGGGCCCCAUCCAGCACGCUCUCUCUGGGCCUGAAGGGCCUGCCGUUGUGUCUGAUCUUCUUGGCAGGAGCGAUGGCUAAUGGGGGUCUGCUCCACCACUACCUCUAUGAGCCCACCACCCAUACAGGGAACCUCAGCCUGGAUGGAGCUCCCCUGGAGGUCCUACCCUCGGUCAGGUUCAACGGGGCCCAGGCUGCAGUGGGCUACAUGCUCAUCUGUCUCCUUGUUCUCAGCCGGGGGUUUAGGGAGAUCCAGGGGGUGUUCCUGUUGGGAGGGACCCUGCGGAACCCCCUGUACCCCAGACAGAUGGGCUGUUCUCAGGCCUUCAGAAGAAGCUGCAGGUGUCUCCGACUGGCUGGCUACCUCAGGAGGGUCUUGCUCAAUCUGGUGUCUCCAUUCGCCAUGAUUGCUUUCCUGGCUCUGGAUGGAUCUCUGCAGGACCUGAGCACAGCAUCACUAGCAGUGGGCUUCACUCGAGCUUUCAGAAUGGUGUGGCAGAGCUCAGAGGAUGCCCUGCUCCAGAUGGUGGUGGUGGUGUUGGUGAGGCUUGGCUCAAUUGGGGCACCAGCAACAGGGUGGCACAGCCUGGGCACAGGUGUACAGCUGCUGGUGGUGGGCUUGCUGAUUGACCGCGCCUCCCAGUUUAUCUCCAAGCUUAAAUUUGCCCUGACGGUGAUUGUGACGUCGUGGACUGAGACCAAACAGCGGCGUCAGUCAACCAGCGCCAUGUUGGCCCUGAAUGCAGUGCUGUGCCCGCUCCUGCUGGCGGAGCUAGUCCUCUCUGCCCUCCUCUCAGCGCCCCUCCUGCCCCUCUUCACUCUGCCCAUCUUUCUGGUGGGCUUCCCCAGACCCCUGCGCUCCUGGCCGGGUACCCCUGGCACCGCCUGCCCCUGCCCAGACUCGGUGUACUACCAGCAGCUCAGUACCCGUCUGGCUUCUGCACUCAGAGGGGCAAUUGCAUGCGGAGCCCUCGGUGCCGCCCCACCUGGCUCUCACUUCCUGUGUCGUUUCCAGGACCGUGUGAUGUGGCUCACACUGCUAGAGCGUGGUUACGGCUACUGCACCCUCAACAUCAAGGGCUUAGAGCUCCAGGAGACGUCCUGUCACACUCUGGAGGCCCGGCGCAUGGACGAGGUGUUUGAGGCGGCGCUGGCUCAGACCCACAGGCCCAACCACUGGCGGCAGAUGCUGAACCCCCACUGGGGCAACACGCUGACCCCCUGCUGCGCCCUGCCCGUCAAGCUCUACUCGGACGCGCGCAACGUGCUCACGGGCAUCAUCGACUCCCACGAGCACCUGCGCAAGCUGCGCGGCGACUACGUGAAGGUGCUGCUGUGGCUGUUGCUCCAGCGCUGCGCCCAGAGGGACCGCCUGACGCCGCAGCUGCAGGAGAAAGCGCCGCUGUCGCCCGUCGCCAACAGCAGCAGCUCCCAGCGCGCCUUGCAGAGAGACGUGCAGCUCUCCACCCACCUCCCGGGCUCUCACUCCUCCACCUUCUCCUCCUCCUCCUCGUCAUCUUCCUCCUCGCCGGGUCAGCGCGGCAGCCUCAGCUCCUCGGCCGACUGGCUGGACGACGACGACCUCUUCGGGCCGCAGAUCACGCGCAGGCCGGCCCAGCCCCAGGAGAGGAACUUCUCCCUGCCGGGCUCCGUGGAGGUCCUGAGCCUGUACGAGAACAUGGCGCUCUCGGCGCUGCCCCCGUUGCGGCCCCUGGGCCUGGGGCUGCCGGCAGCCGACCGUGGCAGCGGCGGCCUGCACGAUGCCUCCUCCCUCCCCGCCUCUCAGCGGAGGCUCAGCGGGCCCCACUCGCAGCUGCUGCCGGGGGAGUGGAGGACGGCGCCUCUGGCCCCGCCGCAGAUGCUGCAGCUGCAGCCCCUCAUCCCUUCGGACUGGUUCCACUUUGCCGUGGGCCGGCUGACCGUGGGGGGUCAGCACACGGUGGCACUCCUGCAGGAGGAGAGGGACGUGCUGGAGCUGUUCGGGCAGGUGUCGCUGUCCUGCCUGGUGGCUCUGGGCCUGGAGGCGGAGCUGCCCAGCCCCAGCCUGGUGUUCCGCCUCUAUGGGGGUGGAGCUCCCUGGAGCGAAGCUCUGGAUUGGCUGAAGGGAAGAAGAGAGCUGCACCAGUUGGCACUCAAAGCAUUUAGGUACAGCUUCAAGCUCCUGUUUGAUCAGGCGAGUCUUGGACCAUUGGACAGUCCAGAGGAGCUUCAGGCCACUCUGGACGAGUAUGAGCACCACUGGUACAUCGGCACGGCGACGGACCACGGCUGGCAGGAGAGUGUGCGACAGGAAAAGCCGUUCCUAUUCUCUCUGGGUCAUGACCUCGCCAUGGGGACGUACACAGGCCGGGUGCUGACUCUGCAGGAGCAGCUGGUGUAUGUGGGUCAGGUGUGUGCUGAAGGGGUGCGGGGGCAGUGGGCCAACCUCUCCUGGGAGCUCCUGUACGCCACCAACGACGACGAGGAGCGCUACAGCAUCCAGGCCCACCCGGUGCUGCUGAGGAACCUGACUGUGCAGGCUGCAGACCCACCCCUGGGCUACCCCAUCUACUCCUCCGCCCCGCUGCACUUGGCCUGCCUCUAGCAACAGCCCACAGCACAACACAACCACCGCACACAGACACCAAGACUGGGGAAUCAUGGAAGGAACUCACUCUUUUGUGUAAUGCCAAAAAUAGGUUCCAUUAGAGAAGAUGUUGUGGAUGAAAAGGAACAGGGGAAAACAAACAAAGUCUCUCUCACACACACACACACACACACACACACACACACACACACAGAGACACGUGGCUGUAAAGUUUGAGGACCUACAUUUUGACGGUAUGCCUCAGAACAUGAAGCGCUUACGGCAUGGGUGGAUCAAGCAACUGGCUCUUGGAGAGCUGGCGUGUGAAGCUCACCUCUGGUUUUAUUGUGGUUUUGCGGGUGCAGGCGUCAAGACUCUCUGCCAUCUCCUGAAUUUGGAUCCGGUGGCUUGACUCUUCCUCAGCCCUCAUGAAGGCGUGGCCUGAAAGGCUCUUUGGAAAGGCUUUGCACUACGUUUCUGUAAACUGCAGGAGUACUGGAGGACUACAACGGUGUCCCUUUCAAAUGUGAACAGCAUCAGAUGGCCAUAUUUAUUCAAUCCUUUCGAACUGCAAACCACAGGAGUUCUUGCAAAACUUUAACUGAACACUACACCCCCCACCCCGCCCUCCCCAUAUAAGAACACUAAGUAUUGGGCUUGCAAUCCCCCCCCCCCCCUCUCUGAAGACUCCUUCAGUGUUUUGAAUUUCAGUGUGGUGGUCCAUGUAUUCACUUCUCUGUUUGCAGUAAACCUUGUAUAAAUACAAUUUAUUUCUGUAAAAUGUUAUUGUAUGUACAGUUUAUUACAGUAAAAGUUUUUUCAAAAAAAAAA